UCAGCGUUGGCAUGGCUAGCCUGUUAUGCUAAUCGCUCCACAAUGCUAAAUGCUACCAAAAUAGCCGAUGUUAAGUUUCCAGUCGUCCUGUGUGAAGCCCGUGGGCUGUUGUCAGUAUAAAUUCAGCGGCAGCAUGAACGAAAAUGACUCAAAUCAGACGGGGUUAGAGGGUUGCAAGCUGGCUAAUUGAACGUCACAUUGGGCAUUGUCCGUCUGCCACAGAAACAUUUGCUAACGUUAGCUUUUGGGCGUGAAAAGCUGGCAUCACCGGCGGUUCGCCUGCAGUGUGGAAACGAGCGACAGAUUUGUGCUCGCACUGCACAGCCCCACUGUCAGCAAAACAAAAACACAUGGAGGAGGAAUAGAUACUGAAUACUGACCAGACUGUGGCCAGUUUUAGGACUGGGACAAUUAAGAAAAAACCGCCAUGAAAACUGGAGUUUGGUUUACACUGGAAAUAUUUGAUGCAUGCAAACUGUCUUGAAGGCAGCAGGAUGUCUGAGUUCAGCGAGGAGCCGCGCUUCACUAUUGAGCAGAUAGAUCUGCUGCAGCGGCUGCGUCGCUCCGGCAUGACCAAGCAGGAGAUCCUGCACGCGCUUGAAACUCUGGACCGGCUGGACCGGGAGCACGGCGACAAGUUCGGCCGCCGCACCUCUUCCUCCUCCUCCUCCUCGUCCUCCUACGGAGUAGGCGGGGCAAACAGCUGCACCAACAACUCUGCCUCUAAUACAACCACAUCAUUCAACAAUAACAACACUGCCUCUGCAACCACCACCUCUUCCGUGUCAUGCAACGGCAACAACGGCGCCAUCAACAGCGGCGAGGGCAGCACCGGCGAUCACUCCGCAGCCUCCGCCUCCUCCACGACCUCCAAAAUCUCCACCGCCACUCAGACGCAGUACGGCAGCGGCGGGGGGCUCUCGCCGUCUCCUAGCAACAGCUAUGACACCUCCUCGCCUCCGGGGCCGCCGCCGCCUUCUGCCAUCCUGCCCUCACCGGUCUCGCUGGUGGCGCUGUCACAGAACGGGCGCGACAGCCUAGCCGCCACACCUAACGGGAAGCUGUCUCCGCCUCGUUACCCAGUGAACAGUUCAGCAGCAGCACGAGCCUUCGGGUUUGAAACUACAGAAGAAGACCUAGACGUUGACGAUAAGGUGGAGGAGCUGAUGAGGAGGGACAGCAGUAUGGUGAAAGAGGAGAUCAAAGCGUUCCUGGGGAACAGAAGGAUCUCUCAGGCAGUUGUGGCACAAGUCACUGGCAUCAGCCAGAGCAGGAUCUCCCAUUGGCUGCUGCAGCACGGCUCCGACCUGAGCGAGCAGAAGAAACGGGCCUUCUACCGCUGGUACACGCUGGAGAAAACCACUCCAGGUGCCACUCUGAACAUGCGGCCGGCUCCGUUGCCUCUGGAGGACAUGGAGUGGAGGCAAACCCCGCCGCCCCUCACUACUGCCCCGGGAACCUUCCGGCUGCGUCGGGGAAGCCGCUUCACUUGGAGGAAAGAGUGCCUGGCUGUGAUGGAGAGCUACUUCAACGACAACCAGUAUCCAGAUGAGGCCAAAAGGGAGGAGAUAGCAAACGCCUGCAAUGCUGUUAUUCAGAAACCAGGGAAGAAGCUGUCUGAUCUGGAGAGGGUCACUUCCCUCAAAGUUUACAACUGGUUCGCCAACCGUCGCAAAGAGAUCAAGAGACGGGCUAACAUUGAAGCCACAAUCCUGGAGAGUCAUGGAAUAGACGUCCAGAGUCCAGGGGGACACUCCAACAGCGACGACAUUGAUGGGAACGACUUCUCAGAGCAGCCAUGUGACCUGCCCUAUUUUGACAAGAGACCUCUCAGCCGACCAUUUGGCCUUUACCGACUGGAGCCCACCUCGCCAACACAGGACGACAGCGCAGCACACAGCGAGCACCAGGACCCCAUCUCUCUGGCUGUGGAGAUGGCCGCCGUCAACCACACCAUCCUGGCCCUGUCCAGAACCGGAGGGGUCCCCAGCGACAUCAAGACGGAGUCCCUGGAGGACGAAUGAACCCGCACAGGAACUGGGAUGGAGGAGGCGACGAGAGAAAUGAAAAGAGUCGGGAGGGGAAAGGGAAGGAGGAGUAGAAAAGGUGGGAGACAGGGGGGCUUAAUAAAGAGAACAAAAUAACGCUACUUAGUAAACCUUCUGAAUCUGUCCCUCAGCCAGCCCCCUGCCAACUGUUCCUCCUCUCUCGGCUUCCCCCUCCCCUCCUCCCAGAGAGUCCAUGUAAACAGUAAUUACCCCCCUCUCUCCCUACCUCCCCUCCCCUCCCCUCACCCCACCCUGCCCAAUGUAUUGACACAGCUGACGGAAAUGGGUCACUAAUACAUCCUCUUAUCUCCAAGUCCCCUACGGAAAGAAGAAAAAGGGAGCAAUACAGGCCUUCAGUCCCCAAAAACGGUGGCCCUUGUCUGGGAUUGCUUCUCCCUCCUCACAGGAUACCUCUUCUCUUUCCUCUUCCUCAUCCACACUCUCCUCCUUAUCCCCCCUUCUUCCCUCUCCAGCCUGGUUGUCUGAGCCGAUCCUCAGUCUAUCUCACCUCAACGUCAACCUCAGAAAAAUAACGUAUACUGUAUAUAUAAUAUAUAUGGUUCUUAUGGUUCUCAGUCACACUCACCUCAUGGUGUGCUACCUACCUACCUACCUACCUACCUACCUACCUACCUACGUACCCUCAAAAUUCACCUUCUUCAUUGUGCAAUUUGUUGGAAGAGCAGCCUCCAGCCAUUGUCUUGGGAAAGACAGACGGAGAGAGUUUCCUUCUCUCCCUCUCCGGCACUGAGGUGGUCAGAAAGGAUCAUAUCGGCAGACCGAAGUGUCCAGUCACUGUCAUUUACCUUCUAUAGCUAUCAUUCCUCAGUGGAAUGGCUGUUUGUUCUCCUACAGUUAAGCCGCUGCUGGAUGAAAACCUCCUGAAAAGAAAAGUAGCCUUAAUUUCAUACGACCAUGCCUUUUUUUUUUUAUUCUCAGUAUACAGCAGGUUUUUAAUUAUUUUUCUCUGACAGAAAACGGAUCAGAAAAACUACUCUGCACAUAUAUAAGAUGAUCAUGAAUUAUUUUAGUCCACAUCAAAAAGAAAAAUGUUAGUUUUAAGGUUUCCAUCCAACAGCAGCAAUGGUUUUAGUUCUUUCAAUUGCGUUUCUAUUUUUAUUUUUAUUUUUUAAGCUUAAAUGCCGACUGGAUAUACAAUCAUUUUGCCUUGAUAUUUAGCUUCCCAGUGACACUAUUGUAUUGUUAAGUACUUGAGGCUAUGAGAAUCAAAUUAAGGGUCAAUGUGAUAAUCAAGCAAACUUAUGAUAUCUAAUAACGGGGAUUUGUGCUUUUGUUUUAAAUGUCAUCCAUGCCAAAGGAAAAGAUACUAAAAAGGCUCUUACGAUGCUGACUCUAGGUCCAUUUUUAAUGUUUAGUUGAGAUGUAACAGUCUUGAGCACCAGAGACUGAUCUGAGAAUGGUGUUCAGGUUCAUCCAAAGUGAUUUCUACUAACUCCUUUGGCGAACAAAACAUUUCUUUUUUCUCGCGCUCGGUGAAGCCUCUUGAGCCACUGUGUGCGUCGUAUGUGGGCUUGACACUACAGCAGGCCUGUGUCGGUAAAGAUAGAUAUAGUAGCCAGACAUUUAAUGAUAAAAUACCCCUCAGCUAUUUACUACUUGUUCUGUGACGCUGCCUCUUUAUAAUAGCCUAAAGAAUGUGCUUUCAGAAGAUUUUUUAAAAAUGUCAUUGGUAUGAAAUUAGAAUAUCAGAGGAACUUCUGAGGGUUUUUUUUUAUUUUAUCUAUAUAGCCUCAAAGGUAAAAGCACCACUUUGAAGGGAAUCAGAAUCAAAGACACUUAAAGUGGUAAUAUUGGAAAUCAUUUUCCACUGUUUUUUUUUCUUCUUCUUUUUUUUUUUUUAAGCCCAGGGUGGAACUUCUCCAAAACCAUCUUUUGAUCUGAAGAUCAUCGAAACAUCACAAGCGGAGACAAAGUGCUGUGUUUCUUAAAGGUAUAAGGCCUGUUUCUGGUGGCUCACUAAUUAUCAAAUAUAAGCACAGUUUCAGACUAAGACUGAUGGCUUCAUAUUUGGCUCUGGGGUAAAGGAAUAGUUUGACAUUUUGGGAAAGGAUUGAUUUUCUUGUCCAGAGUUAAGAUGAGAAGUCUAAUAUGACAUUGGUAUCAGUGCUUGAACCAGGAGACAGUUAGCUUACCUUAGCUUGAAGACUGGAAACAGGGAGAAACAGCCUGGUUUUGUCCAAAGUAUGUAUUAGUACAUAAAUAAAUAAAAUGCCCACCAGCAUCUCUAAAGCUCACUAAUUAACACAUUUUAUCUUUUUUGUUAAUUAAAAAAACGUGUUAAAACCUCUCAUGUUGGUUUUACGGGUGAUUACGUACUGGAACUAUUUUAUUUAGCCGUGCAGAGUGACUUCCUGUCUUCUUGUUAUGUUUAUACUUUAUAAUUUACUUUUUAUACAUUAGAUAUAUGUUAAAUAGUGAUCUUAGGAGGGGCUAGUUGUUUUUUUAACCUCUUGAAUAGAGCCAGACUAGCUAUUUCCCUCUGCUUCCAGUCUGUUAGCCAAGCUUAACUAAGCUAAGCUAAGCUAACUAUCUCCUGGCUCUAGCUUCACAUUUAGCUUACAGCACAUAACCACUGUGGAAUCAAUUUGUUGUUUUUAUGGUUUGUUUUUGUACAAAUAAAAACAAAUAAAUGAGAUAUAACUUUCAAAUAGUAAACUUUAGAGGUGCUGGUAGGCAUAUUUUGUUACAUUUGGGCAGAGCUAGGCUAGCUGUUUCCUGUCUUUGUGCUAAAGUAAGCUAACCUAAGCUAAUUCAACUGACUCUUGGCUCUAGCUUCAUAUUUAGCAUUUUGAACGUAGUAUUGAUCUUCUCAUCUAACUCUCUAAAUGUCAAACUAUUCCUUUAAAGGAGCCCCUGCCUUAGUGAUGGUUUUGGAGAACUGGAAACAUACUCUACAAAGCAGGAUUAAACAUAAGCAGGAACUCUGAGACAGAAAUGUAAUGAAAUUCCUCAUGUUUUAAGAUUUGGACAUUGGUGGUGUAUCAAGUAAUCUGUUAUUGUUGAUAAUAUUGACAGUGUUUCUUGUUUAAGGCUUCCUGGUUAACUUGUUGAACACUCUUGUAGAAACUCUCCAGGCUCUGGGCUCUAGUCUAGUAAAGCUCUAUUUAAAUAUACUGCUUCAAUGUGUAUGAAGCUGCAAUACAGUGACUCAGUACUGGGACCUGUGUUUCAAAAAGAAAGGGUUGAAAGAUAAAAACAAUAUGUAUUUAUACUCAUUUUUUAUGGUAAUGUAUAAAAUAAUGACAUAUGUUUUGAAAUGAAACAUGCUUUUAUUGUUAAAUUAAUCAUGCUUUUUAAUUUCUCCUGACUUAUUUUUCUAUUAUCAUUUACACUUUUGUUUUUUUUUUUCUUUUUUGUCAUCCCUUAUUUGACUGAACAACAGUCUCCCCUGUGUGUGUCUGAGUUAGUAAGCUAUUUUGUGAAAGACAAACGAUGAUGCACCUUAUAAAAAUCUAAGUAUCGCUGUUGACUAAGCUUGAAAUAUAACCUUCUCUCCCCCCGAGCCUUCCUUGAAACGUCAGACGUCCAAUGUAGUAUAAAUGGGGCUGGUGUGAAAAAAAACAUUUCAGUACAGCUGCUUCACACACCAUAUCAUAUUAAAUCAGAUCCCCAGUAUGUGCUGUUCUCUCCUUAAAAUAACGCCACACCUAACUCCAUAGUGAAAUCUAGCAUUUUAAUGUUGGCCUUCUUGCAGACACAUAACUGAUUAGAGAGUUAAUUCAUUUAGGUUUAUAUAAAAACUCAGUGCAGAACUCCCAUCUCGUCCAUACUAUUGAAGUUAAUGGAAACACAAUAAAAUUGUGUUUGGAUUAUGCCAUUUGGUAAAAUGUGUUGCAUAUCUGAAGCUUUAUAGGAACUUAAGUACUUAAAAAAGUAGAAGAGAUGGAACAAGGUGCUAACUUACUGUGUUUAUGGCUACUUGCGCUUAAAACUGAUUUUAAAAAAUGUCUUUUUUGUUUAAUUUGGAAGAAUUUUACUGUGGAGUUUGGUGUGACGUUCUUUCCCCACACAAAGAAUAUUGUCUGUUUAGAAAUAGUAAAAUUAGUCGUGCGUGGAAGGAAAAGAGUGCAUUUUGAGAUUAUUCUCUCACUUUAAGACACUUUUAAAUGAAUUGCCUUCAUGUUGUGUGAAGCCCAAUUAGCAAAUACAAGUUUUAAUCCACCAGUAUUUUAUGUGAGUGUUCAAGCUUGAAAGCAAUGUUUAUGGGGUGGAAGAAAGAGCUGUCAGGUGCUCAAGAAGUGAAUAAGAUUUGUUGCUUUUCCAGGAGGAAAUUUGAUUAAUCCAAAAUACAGACUGAAACCUGAGACAGGCUUUCCCCCUGCCCAAUGUUGUGUGUACUCCAGUGGUAGUGCUUACUCUGAAGGGGUGUCCUCUCGUGGUGUGUCAGGGUCAACAUGUCUACAUGUCCUUCUGUGUCCCCAGUGAAACACCAUCCACUUCAUCCCAAUAUAGCUCAGAAAAAGAGGACUGAAUGCUGUUGUAUCAAUCUCAAAUCUAGUUAUGUUCAAAAUUACUGUAUUGCCCAUUUCAGAAUUUAGUGCCUUUUUUGGACAGUAGACUGUUCUGUAAUUAAGAUGUAGUAUAUAUACAUUUUUUUGUACAGUUUCUUUGUUCAUUUUUUAACUUGUGUUUAUUUUAGUAUGAUAUAUAUAAUGUACAAGAGAAUAAAGCUAUAUCAAUGAAACUUUUUCUUGGUUUACGAUCUUAUUGGUAUGCAAAUCUAUACACAGAUUUAUCACACAUUGGUUGACAAAGAGCUGAAUUAAAAUUUAUUUAACAACAAUAUAAAAGUUGAUUUAGCUUUUCAUUGUCAACAAUAUCCUGUCUUUAAAUAAAUAAGCAUUCAGGCAGUCAAAAAUGAUCUUGAAUGCAUAAGUAUAAAAUCUUACCAAACAAAUUAAUACUAACUGUGUUACAACAAACAAAAUCCCUCAAGUAUCCUGAUCACAUACAAAAAUCAAUAGUUUCCCCCAUACAUGCAGUGUAAUCCAAUAGCGCACUCGUGAAAAA